UUCCGCACGUGGGCGUUGUCCUCAAGUCACAUAGGUACUUUUACAGCUAAGUAUACUGCAUGAACCGGUGUUCGUCUCCAGUAGUGUCCGUCUUCCACACUGUCGUAGUUCUUCUACUUGAGUGCGGUAGUCGAGCCUUGCUGGAUUCGUUCUGAGAUUAUACGGUUUCGAACUUGAUCAGGAUAAUACCUGCGAAAAGGAUCAUGCUCUGCUCUGUCUCUCCCUGCGUGGAACAGACUUAACAAUUGGCAGAUUUCGACCCUUGAACCCCUUUCAACAUGUCUCCCCCUGCCGCCAUCUACGAGACCCCCGUUGCUAGCAACGACAUGGGCAUCAAGAAGGACCUCGCUGUCAAGGCUGCCUUCAAUGGCCAGGCAAAGACUGUCGCUGAGCUCGAGAACAAGUGGGAGAAGUUCACCUUCGCCCCCAUCCGCGAGUCGCAGGUGUCUCGUGCAAUGACCCGCCGCUACUUCAACGACCUUGACACCUACGCUGAGUCGGACAUUGUCAUCGUUGGCGCGGGUUCAUGCGGUCUAUCUGCCGCUUACACGCUCGCCACCAAGCGUCCCGACCUGAAGAUUGCCAUCGUCGAAGCUGGUGUUGCUCCCGGUGGUGGUGCCUGGCUCGGUGGUCAGCUCUUCAGCGCCAUGGUCAUGCGCAAGCCUGCGGAGCUCUUCUUGAACGAAAUCGGCGUGCCCUACGAGGACGAAGGUGACUUUGUCGUCGUCAAGCAUGCCGCACUUUUCACAUCCACCUUGUUGUCCAAGGUCUUGCAGUUCCCCAACGUCAAGCUGUUCAACGCCACGGCUGUCGAGGAUCUCAUCACCCGUCCGGCUCCUACCUCCAACGACCCCAACGCCGUCCGCAUCGCUGGCGUUGUCACCAACUGGACUCUCGUCUCCAUGCAUCACGAUGACCAGUCUUGCAUGGACCCGAACACCAUCAAUGCACCUCUUGUCAUCUCAACCACCGGCCACGACGGCCCAUUCGGCGCUUUCUCCGUCAAGCGCCUCGUGUCUAUGCAGCAGAUCGAGAAGCUCGGUGGCAUGCGCGGCCUCGACAUGCGCACCGCCGAAGAUGCCAUCGUUAAGCGCACCCGCGAGGUCGUGCCUGGUCUGAUCGUCGGUGGCAUGGAACUCAGCGAGGUUGAUGGCGCCAACCGCAUGGGACCUACCUUUGGCGCUAUGGCUCUCAGUGGUGUCAAGGCUGCCGAGGAGGCUGUCGGUGUCUGGGAUGAAAGGAACGCUCAGAACAAGGACGCUUAGAUGGCAUAAAGGCUUCGUCGGACAAAGAGAGGGCUGCCGUUACCUAGAUCCGUAAAGAUCAUCAGUGUACAAUGAUAUAAAUUCCUCGCUCAAUAUCUGUUGUUGUUUUGACUCGGCUCCUCUCGAAACGUUAUUGCUCUUGUUUUAGUGCAAGCCCGCGCAUCCGGCGCAACAGCCUAUCACUUUGUCAUAGCUGGCCCCGCUUGAGUGAUUUACGGUGGUGUUGUCGCGCUUUAUGACGUGGCAAAGAAGGAAGUUUCGGCCAGGCCAUCUGAUGUGAAAUAUGAAUGAAGAUCAAAAGCAGCCUUGCAAUUUGAAUAAGCGAUACGUCUUGACCAGCUGUUCGCGUUCAUCUAGAAGUUUCG